AUGGCCGCUUUUCAAACCUCGAUCAUGAUGUUCCUGGCGCACCUCAUCCUCCUGCUCGGCCUGCCAACGGCCCUCGUUGGCGCUAUCCCACUGACGCCUGCUCCCAACGAGCUGGAGCUGGCUGCGUCGAAGUGGGCGGCUUCCAGCUACUGGGUUGCAAAUAUCAAGCGCCAGGGUACCGUGCCAUUCGGCAGCAACAGCGCUUAUCAGGUGUUCCGUAACGUGAAGGACUUUGGCGCCAAGGGCGACGGCUCUACGGACGACACCGCGGCCAUUAACAAGGCCAUCUCCUCUGGCAAUCGCUGCGGCAAGGGCUGCGACUCGUCUACGACGACUCCCGCUCUGGUUUACUUCCCGCCUGGUACUUAUGUGGUGUCAAAGCCCAUCAUCCAGUUCUACUACACCCAGAUUGUCGGUGAUGCAAUUGACAUACCCGUGAUCAAAGCCUCCGCUGCGUUCACCGGCAUGGCUGUCAUCGAUGCGGAUCCCUACGAGGACAAUGGCGACAAUUGGUAUACCAACCAGAACAACUUCUUCCGCGCCAUUCGCAACCUGGUUAUCGAUAUUACCGCCAUGCCCCCGAGCUCCGGUGCUGGUAUCCACUGGCAGGUUGGCCAGGCCACUAGCCUGCAGAACAUCCGUUUCGAGAUGGUCAAAGGCGGUGGCUCUGCCAACAAGCAGGAGGGUGUGUUCAUGGACAACGGUUCUGGUGGGUUCAUGUCCGACCUGACCUUCAACGGUGGCAACUACGGCAUGUUCCUGGGCAACCAGCAGUUCACCACUCGCAACCUUACUUUCAAUGGAUGCCAGACUGCGAUCUAUAUGAACUGGAACUGGGCCUGGACCUUCAAGUCGGUGAACAUCAAUAACUGCCGGGUCGGCCUGAACAUGUCCACCUCGCCCUCAAACCAGACUGUUGGCUCCGUGAUGAUGCUGGACAGCACGCUCACCAACACCCCAAUUGGUAUCGUCACUGCCUGGACCAAGAAGAGCAUUCCGGUGGGCGGUGGUACCCUGGUCCUCGACAACGUCGACUUCUCUGGCUCCACGGUCGCCGUGGCUGGUGUCGAUGGCAACACUAUCCUGGCUGGCGGGGCUGUUGUCAACAGCUGGGUGCAGGGCAACACCUAUUCUCCCUCUUCCGGUUCUACUAAGCGUGCCUACCGGCCCGAAGAGAAUGACGAUAACAUCGAGGUUGUGACCGUUAUUGAGACCGUCAUGCACACCGUCUUGGCCUGCGCCGCUACCAAUGGCGCCGCUACUCUCGCUAGUAACAUUCCCGCCAGUUCCAACAUCGGGGUCGCCACCGUCGUGCCUACGGGCACUGACGUCGGGGAUCGCUCCAUUAUCCCACAGGCAACCGCCAUGUCUGCCCCUGCUUUGUCAGGUCUCCCCGGCUUCGACAACAGCUGGAUGUCUGUCUUCGUUGAUUCGUCUGGUAACACCUACGAGAUUCCUCUGGAGUCUUCCCAGACUCCUGCUGCCAUUGAGUCUACUGCUGCUGCGGUUGUGCCGGCAUCUAGCGAGCCUCCCGCUGUCCAGACCUCCAAUGCAGUCCCUGCUAUUGAACCUUCUAGCGCUGUUGCUGUCGCAAGCGAGUCCUCUGGUGCUGUUCCAGUUGCUGGGUCUACCGUAGCCGUCGGCACCUCCAGCGCUGCGGUGACACAGGGCACGGGAUCUAGCUCCAGCUCCAGCUCCAGCUCCAGCUCCAGCUCCAGCUCCAGCAGCGGCUCCGGUACCUGCAAUGGUGCUGCCAAUCAGGCGGUGGCUUCUGCACGCACUCAGGGCACCAUGCAGGCCAGCUCCAAGCCUAGCGACCUUCUCAACGGCGGCGCUGUUUUCGAGCGCUCCAAGCCACUUUAUGAGUCUCUCCCGGCCUCCUCGUUCAUCAGCGUCAAGUCCGCGGGCGCCAAGGGCGAUGGCACCACUGAUGACACUGCCGCCCUCCAGAAGGUCCUAGACAGCGCCACUGCCGACCAGGUCGUUUACUUCGACCACGGCGCGUAUGUGAUCACCUCGACCCUGAAGGUGCCCAAAGACAUCAAGAUCACUGGUGAAGUCUGGCCCAUGAUCAUGGCCCACGGCGCCAAUUUCCAGGACGAGAAGAAUCCCAUUCCUGCCCUGCAAAUCGGCCAAGAGGGUGAGUCAGGAUCUGUCGAGAUGAGUGACCUGAUCGUCACCACCAAGGGUGCCGCCCCCGGGGCGAUCCUUAUGGAAUGGAACGUCGCCGGCUCCUCGCAGGGCUCUGCCGGUAUGUGGGAUGUUCACAUCCGCAUUGGUGGCGCCGCUGGCACUGGUCUUCAGAGUGACACGUGCCCCAAGACCCCAGCUAAGCAGACCACGCCCAAGGAGGAGUGCAUUGCGGCAUUCCUGCUGCUGCACAUCACCCAGAAGGCCAGCGCGUACAUCGAGAACGCGUGGGUGUGGACCGCCGACCACGAGCUCGACCUGGACGACCACUCCCAGAUCAACGUGUACACCGGCCGUGGCGUGCUCAUUGAGUCGCAAAACCCCGUCUGGCUGUGGGGCACCGCCUCCGAGCACCACCAGUUGUACAACUACCAGGUGUCGAACGCGGCGAACGUCUUCAUGGGCCUGAUCCAGACCGAGACUCCGUACUACCAGUCCAACCCGACGGCGCUGACGCCGUUCACUCCCCAAGACUCCUGGAACGACCCCGAUUUCUCGACCUGCACAACCGCCUCGUGCAAAAAGUCAUGGGGUCUGCGAGUGAUGAAUACCUCGGACUUGUUCAUCUAUGGCGCCGGCCUGUACAGUUUCUUUGAAAACUAUGCGCAGACUUGCCUAGACUCCGAGGACUGCCAGGAGAACAUGGUGGAGGUUGACUGCUCAGACGUGCAUAUCUAUGGUCUCAGCACCAAAGCGGCUGUGAACAUGGUUACGUCGUCGUCUGGCCAGAGUAUGGUGCCUGAGAAGCCCAAUACGAGCAACUUCUGCUCGACUAUCGCGCUGUUUGAGCAGUCUGUCUAG